CCCUAAUUCCAAAAAUCCUCUCGAAGAUGUCGUCUUCUCGGGAAGAGAAUGUGUACUUAGCCAAGUUAGCUGAGCAAGCUGAACGUUAUGAGGAAAUGGUUGAGUUCAUGGAGAAAGUUGCAAAGACUGUUGACACCGAUGAGCUUACUGUGGAAGAGAGAAACCUCUUGUCUGUUGCGUACAAGAACGUCAUUGGUGCUAGGAGAGCUUCCUGGAGGAUCAUAUCUUCCAUUGAACAGAAGGAAGAAAGCAGAGGAAACGAUGAUCAUGUUUCCAUUAUCAAGGACUACAGAGGGAAGAUCGAAACCGAACUCAGCAAAAUCUGUGAUGGAAUACUCAAUCUUCUGGAUUCUCACCUUGUUCCCACUGCAUCUUUGGCUGAGUCCAAAGUCUUUUACCUCAAAAUGAAAGGAGAUUACCACAGGUACCUUGCUGAGUUUAAGACUGGUGCUGAGAGGAAGGAAUCUGCAGAAAGCACUCUGGUUGCUUACAAGUCAGCUCAGGAUAUUGCACUUGCUGAGUUAGCUCCUACUCACCCGAUUAGAUUGGGACUUGCUCUUAACUUCUCUGUCUUCUACUACGAGAUUCUCAACUCACCUGAUCGUGCCUGCAGUCUCGCAAAACAGGCUUUUGAUGAGGCUAUUUCUGAGCUCGACACAUUAGGAGAAGAAUCAUACAAAGACAGUACACUGAUAAUGCAACUUCUCCGUGACAAUCUGACCCUAUGGAAUUCUGACAUCAAUGAUGAGGCGGGCGGUGAUGAGAUCAAGGAGGCGUCAAAACAUGAGCCGGAAGAGGGGAAACCAGCAGAGACAGGGCAGGGCUCUGGAGAAGAUGGGCAACUAGGAAUUGGUACCAACGAAGAAAAGGAAUGGGCUUGCGUCGUUGAAGCUCUCGAGCCUUACUCUGUUCGCUCCGUUGUCUCUGGUAGCCGUAACUCCCUCGCCAUUUGCGACGAUGGCACGAUGUUUACAUGGGGUUGGAAUCAAAGAGGUACAUUAGGACACCCACCAGAAACAAAAACAGAGAACAUCCCCAGUCGGGUUAAGGCCCUUGCCAAUGUCAAGAUCACUCAGGCAGCAAUUGGUGGUUGGCAUUGUUUAGCUGUUGAUGAUCAAGGCCGAGCAUAUGCGUGGGGUGGGAAUGAAUAUGGACAAUGUGGUGAAGAGCCUUUAAAAGACGAGAUGGGUAGACCCGUGCGAAGAGAUAUUGUGAUCCCUAAGCGUUGUGCCCCGAAACUUACAGUCCGACAGGUAGCUGCAGGUGGUACUCACUCAGUGGUUCUGUCACGCGAAGGUCAUGUCUGGACUUGGGGUCAACCGUGGCCUCCCGGUGACAUAAAACAAAUAUUUGUUCCUGUAAGAGUUCAAGGUCUUGAAAAUGUCCGUCUUAUCGCUGUUGGAGCAUUUCAUAAUCUGGCUCUUGAAGAAGAUGGCAGAUUAUUGGCAUGGGGUAAUAACGAAUACGGACAACUUGGAACCGGUGACACCCAGCCAACAUCUCAUCCUGUUCCAGUCCAAGGCCUCGAUGAUCUCACUUUGGUUGAUAUUGCUGCGGGUGGAUGGCAUUCAACGGCUUUAACUGAUAAAGGAGAGGUGUAUGGUUGGGGAAGAGGAGAACACGGAAGACUCGGGUUUGGUGACAAUGACAAGAGCAGCAAAAUGGUUCCACAGAAAGUUAAUCUUCUAGCUGAAGAAGAUAUAAUUCAGGUUUCUUGUGGCGGAACACAUUCAGUUGCUUUGACAAGAGAUGGCAGAAUCUUCUCGUUUGGUAGAGGAGAUCAUGGUAGACUUGGUUAUGGAAGGAAAAUAACCACAGGACAGCCAUUGGAGUUACCUAUAAUGAUUCCUCCGCCUGAAGGAAGCUUUAAUCACGCAGACGAAGAAGAAGAAGGAAAAUGGUCAGCUAAAUCGAUCGCUUGCGGUGGCCGCCACACUCUUGCCAUUGUAGAAUGGAAGUCCGAUGAUAUUUGAUCCUCAAUCUCACUGGUCACUGACCAACUUGAGAAGAGAAGAGAGCAAUAUGAUUCAUACCAAGGAAGGCAAAAGGAGAGUGUAUUUAUAAAAUGAAAGAGCGAAA